AUGAUCAUGAUUGUUUGUGGUGUUGUCAUUGCUAAACAGGAAUUAAAAAUUCUGGAUAAAGAUCCAAAUAAGCGUGCACAAAGCGUAAUGAAUUUUACUAUCCGUGAUUCAGAAAGAUAUUUUAUUAAUGCUAUUUGUUGGUUACCACCUUCUGAUAUGGCAGCGCUCAGUGCGGCAUUUUCUAUUGCCGACGUUGUUGCAUUAGUUUAUCCACAAAUCCGAAAACAAAAAAUUGAUUCAUCACCAUUUGUUCCAUGGACAGAAAUUAAACUCGAAUUAUAUUGUAAUGAAAAAUGUUUGAUUCAAAAAUUACAUGGUCCACAAAUAUCAAAAUAUAAAAUGUUUUUUCAUAAACCAUGUCGUGAUCAUAAUGAUUAUUAUACCAUUGGACAAAUAAUGACCGAUGGGGAAUUAUUAAAAGGUCAAGAUUUAAAUAUUCUUGCAGCUAUACAACAGAUUGGUAAAUUGUCUACUGUUACACUCAGUGAUGGUACUUUGAAAGAAAAAUUGGAUAUUUUAUUAUUCGAUGAAAAUACAUCUGGUUUCCAUUUGAUUAUUUGGGAUGUUGAAAUGAUUUCGUAUGCACAAAGAUGGAAUGCGAAAGAGCAUAUUAUAUUUGCUGUUGAUGUUAGAAUUAAAUACAAUACAUAUCUAAAAUAUUAUUAUGCUGAAGCAACAAAAAAAAGUAUAUUUACGAUGAAUCCAGUAGAUUUAAAUGAAGCUGAAGAAUUAUUUAUAGCCGUACAACAUAUUUCACUUGAAGAUUUAAAUAUUGAUUUGGAUCCAUUUGCUCAAUUAACUGCUAAAGAAGUUAAUAUUCAAGAAUUGAAACAACAUAUACGCAAUGAUCAGUAUGAUCAAAUGUUUUUAAUUAAUUGUAUAUUAUCACAAUUUGAUAUUGAUAAUGGUCUUGAUCGUUAUGUAUCAAAGCAAUGUAAAAUAUGUCGUGGUCGAGUGGUUGAUGAAAAUAAUAAUAAUUUAUAUUGUCCGAAUCCAUCGUGUCAAUUAGGUCAAUCAGAUAUGAAUGAAACAACAAUUGUACAAACAUUUGAUUUACAAGUGGAUAUUAGUGAUCAUACGGGUACAAUGGAAAAAGUUCGUUUAUCAGAUGAUGUUAUGAAAAAAUGGAUGAAUUGUACAGUUGAAGAAUUUUUGAAAUAUCCAGAUGAUGAAAAAACCGUAUUAAAAUGGAAAUAUUUACUUGAACGUUUUAAAUUUGGUAUUCAGGUGAAAAAACAUCCAAAAGAUGAAAAACAAACAACUAUACGAAUUGUACGUCAAUUUGUACAAGAUUUUUAA